UGGCCCAUUUCGAAGUUCCGGUCAGGUGUUCAACCAAACCGGUUGACCAGAAAAAAACCAAACCGAAGCAGAGCGUGGUUGUGGUGGGUGACAGGGUGAAGGAAGAAGAGAAAUGGCGAAACAGGGUGCUAAGAAACGCAAGGAUGAGAACGCUCGUCACAUGGCUAGGCUCCGCCUUAUCAUCAUCGCCUGCAACGUUAUUUAUGUAAUAAUAAGGAUGUUUUUCUACUACUCCACCUUCACCUGGAAACACUGGAUUGGCCUGGUUGUGACUUCUCUAGCAUAUUAUGUUCCCUAUCAACAACUUGAUAAGAUGGCAACCCCUAGUUACGCUGAAGAUGGUGAGCUUUUAGAUGGUGGGUUUGAUAUGGCUACUGGUGGGGUUUGUGGCUAUUUACAUGAUAUUAUCUACAUAACAUGCUUUGUGCAAGUCGCGUCCAUCAUCUCUGGAAAGUUCUGGUACACAUACCUUGUGAUACCGGCUUUUGGAGCAUACCAGUCUUUUGGCUUAAUUAAAGGAUUUUUGCCACAAGGUUCAUCAGAGGAAUCAUAUGAAGAUGAAAAGACCCGCAAGAAGAGGGAAAAGUUGGAGAAGAAGGCAUCCAGACCUAAGUUUGUCAAGACAAGAACUAGAUAGUUUGUUAAGAGUGUAAACACAGUUAGAUAGCAUAACCCAAAUCUCCAAGAUUGAUGGAGGUUGCACACUUGCACUGAAACUUUUAUCUAUUGCCAAUACUAGUGGGCAUUGUACGGAAAGAAACAAUGAAACAAGAACAUGUAUGCUUUACACAAUUUAGAGAAGUACUUGGAGAAGCUAACCUCUGGAA